AGUUAUUAUUGUUAUUAGAUAAAAUGCCGUCGAUAUAUGUAAAUGUCGCAUUGAAGGCCACAGCAAGACAUUUUUUCUUCUCACAUAGAAUUUUUUAAAAUAAAUUCUACUUCAUAAGAAUAUAGAAACAGGUCAACUAACAAAGGAGCACAUUUCGUGCCCAUAGGAAUUCCAACAGACUGUGGGAAGACCUGAUCACCAAAGACCACGAAGAUAUUGUCAAUGAGGAACUCUAGUAUAUUUUUUAUUUCAACGUCAGAGUACUUGUUUGUGGAAUCAGAGUGGUGUUUAACAAAGUAAAUUUUGGAUGACUGAUCACUAGAUAUGAAUGUGUCCGUUUUCCAUUUUUGUUGAGGAAGCAAUUGUCUAUAAUGUCAAAAAGUCUAGUCUUUAAUUAAUCGUAAAGUGUUGAGAAGUCAUAGGCUUUUUGAUGCUAUUGAUUUGUGAAAAGUUUUACGAUUUCAAGUUUACUAAAGGUUCUUUAGAAUUUUUUAGAAUUCACAUUUGAUUAACACCGCUUCUGGUAUAUGUAGUCGCACAGUAAGUUUGAAGUUUCUUCUUCACAGCUGUUAAUAUUUUCGUGAGGAGCAAAGAUAGGGGCUUGGCAGAGCAGUCAUCGGAUCCAGCAAUGUAUCUUUGUAACUCAUAUUCAUUCGACCCAUUAAUUGGGCAUUGUCCAAAACCGAAGCACGGCUCCGAAGAACCUUACCCACCGAAGGGGCAGUUGGAGUAUAAGUACGAUACCAAAUGUGGAGUUCAUGCCAAGUUCGUUUAAAAUACAGUUGCAAUAAUGAGCCUUACAAACAAAGACAAUGUUGUUUACAAGCUUUAUCAGCUGGUACCAAAACAUAUACCUCAUGCAACCUAUCUAAUUCUUUUAUCACUACUGGUUUAUUUAACACAGAAGGAUAGAUGGUACGUACUUUUGUUUUAAUAUGUCUAAUGCGACAUUUUAAUAUUCCUCUUUUGCUUUUAACCCAUUCUGACAAUGUGUCAAGUUCUUCUUUUUCAUAUUUAGCCCAUCGUCUGGCAUAAUCUUCGACAGAAUUCAUAAUAGAGAUGAAGUUCUGUCUCAUAUAAUUAAUCCGAUUUGCAGAUGUAGUUUUUUUUUUGGUAAGCAAAACCAUAUAUUAGACCAAACCAAAAACUCUUGAAAAUGACUUUCAAGAUCCUAAAUAUCACAUUCAUUAUAAACUAAUAAAUUGAAGGUGGCUCACUACACCCUGAAAUAGUUUCUCAAAUCAGUACAAAUUGAUUUAAUCAUAAAAGAUAUGAUGAUAUAUAAUAACUAUAGAUACCAAAAAGGCAGAAAAUAUACAAAAUUGGAUAAAACAUGGUUUUUAUUCUUUCUUUUUUUUUAUUUCAACACGAGACCCUGGUGAAUUUGAACUCGAGAUAUGCGAUUCACCAGCCGAAUGCUUUAACCACUGGGCUACGAUGAUAGGCAAACGAAUCGAUCGAUACAAAUUAUUUCACAAAAUAUUUGAAUCGCCAUCUUGUGAAGUAGUGUCAUAAAGAGCAUAAGCUUUAGUGUAGUGAGUUACCUUAAUGAUUACAAUUCUUUUUUUCUUUUUACUUUGAACUGCAACUAUUGGCCAAAAAAAAAAAAAAAAAAAAAAAAAAAAAAAAAAAAGAAAGAGAAAAAACUACUUGUGUAUCAAUGUAGAACAAGAAUUUCACACACACACACAAAAAAGAACAUUCCAUUUUUCUGAACAUUCAAAGUUGUUUUUAUAAAAAAGAUACCAGCAGAUUUUUAUUUAUGAAUAAACAAUUAUAGCCUAAAUGGAAAAAUUAAAACAUUUUCCCUUUACUACUCUUUGGGUUGUAGUGUAGUUUCACCAUUUCAAAUACGCAAGAUCGUAAAUACCGAAUUAGCGGAACUUUCUUGUAAAGAAGUCCGGAAAAGCGUGUCGAUCUUGGGCAUUUUUUGUUUAUUCAAAACAUGGCAUCGGAAGACGAUUUAACCUCCACGUGCUUUCCACAAUUAAAAGCAUUUUUAGAUGAAAGGUGUGUAAAAGCGUCUGGAUACAGGAAAAAUGAACUUUUGAAGUUAGCUCGCGAAGCUAUAUAUUUUGACGCAAGCUCUUCUCAGCUUUGGGAAUUCCCUGGCUGACAGCAGUGGGAAAAAUCCACCACAUUUCCAUUAAAAUAUAUCAGUUGUGGAUAUUUCUGCGUAUUAUGUUUCUUUCUUGAAUCAUUAACUACAGUCUACUGCAAUGCAAUGACAGUACACCAUUGUUAAAAUCGGGUGAAUCGAUCACGACAAAAGUUGCAGAACUGGUAUUAUUUACCAAUAUGCCCAAAUUCUCGCAAACUCUGGGUCUCGCGAGACUUUGAAAGGGGAAAGUAAAAUUUAAAACCAAGACAGAAAAAGUAGUCGCGAUCUUGCGUAUUACAGUUCAAGUUCAAAUUCUGUACCGUUUGAUCGACAGGUGUGAAAGAAAUAUUACAUUUUUAUAUUCAUUGGGAUUUGGAUCGUGUUCCGAUGGAAAUGAUCAAAUCUACUGAUCACGUGAUCAACUUCAUGUCAUAUCCCAGUAACACUCCAAAAUGAUAUCUUAUUUCUUCAAAAGUGUUAAGAUGUUUUAACAGCUGUCCGUACACGUCCGGAUAACUUCAGAAUUUUCUGAUUCUACGUGCCUGUUUCGGAUAAAUGUUUACAUAGAGUAUACUUUGACUGCGCACCCCUCAACGGUAAAACUAUAAACAUAUUAUCUAUAAAUUCAUACUUAACGCUUAUGAUGCGAAACAUGUUGAACACAUAUGCCAAGUGACUUAAUAGCACUACAAUACGUCAUAGGUUGACGUCACUAGGAUUGCGAAUAUAAAUUAAAUCAGUCUAUCGCAAAUGCAUGCGAUUAGAAUUUUUUGGUGAUUCUCUUUCAUAUGCUAAGGUAGAAUUAUAUAUAUAUCGAUGUUAUUGUUGCAGAAAUCUUGUGCAUGGUCUUUUUUUGAUCAUUAUUUUAAAAAAAUGAUACAGAUAAUUUUCUCUGUAAUUUCUCAAUUAUUAUCAUUCAAAUAUUUAAACCAUUGUUUAUAUGAUAAUCUGACACCAUUUGCGCAACAACAGCAAUAUUGUCUAGACACUUUUGCUUAUUCUUGGCUCCAUUUCUUUAGUGUAUGCUUUUGUUCCAAGGUAGUUUUUGGCAUUGGCUGUUUUCCUCCGUAGUAAGCAAUAUAGAACGUCAUAAUGUGACGUCAUAGUCAAACCUGUGCAGUGCUUGGCACAUGCAAUCAAAACUUUGCAUGAACAUGCUCAGAAUAUGUACCGGCAAAGUUUUAAUAUACCCCAUUUGCAUAGAAACGCCUAUACUUAGCCUUAACUCACUUACUAAAUCACUGAUGAUAAUGAAAUGAGAAAAAAUGUGUAGAUAAAGAUCUACACAUAUUCAAAGUCCUAGAUUUGCAGUCCUAUUAGAAGCCCCCGAUCACAUUAAAUUGACAUCGUAAUGAUCAUUCCAGUUAAUUGCAGAAACUGAAAAUACUACCAUUGACACUCGUUCAACAAAUUCACAUAUUACAAGAUAUACCAUAUUCUGAAACUUACCACAGAAAUUGGUCCAUCCAACUUACAUUCACGUAAGAAGAAGGGAAACUAUUCUACUUUCUGCACCAUUUGAUUUACAGUCGAGUGAAAACUCAAGAGUCGGGAUUUUCAAAAUAAACAUGUCCAGACAACAUACUUAAAAGAUUGUUUACAUAAUAGUAAUAAUGUUUACAAGAUUUACAACACAUUUCAAAUUUCCUUUUCUGUGCAACCUGGUCCCAGUUCUGAACAUAAAUCUGGAUUUCAGUACUUUGAUUAUUUAAUUUAUUUAGUUUGCAUGUCUAUCUAACUAUUCUGCCGCUCUGAAGAAGGAACAGACCAUCGCAAAACAAUUCCAUAUUUUUCUUCUCGUUGGUCAUUUUAGUGCUUUAUAUAUCCUUACUUAUCUGAUCUCGUAUCUAAAUUCAGAUCCGACAUUUGGAGCGUUUAGUGUUGUUGGCUUUUAGUGCUCUCUCUCUCCCUACUUUAUUUUGCAGAGUACAUUACCAAGACUCCCUUGUCAAGGACCAUGCAUUUGAACGCAAGAUUUGUCUUUUCGGCAUUUUUGCAACAGUCGCUAGCAUUCCACUGCUCUUGUGGGCCAAAGUGUCGAUGCUUCUACGAUAAAAGGAUGGUGGUUGCUGAAUGCAGUGGACUUAGGCUAUCGCACGCUCCAAGAUUCAAUGAAAGUGUCCAAAGUAUCGAUCUAAGCACUAACCGUCUCUUGGAAAUACCUGCAGCUAUGCCUUCAAACAUCGUUUCCCUCAACAUUUCCGAGAACAACAUCACAGACCCUAAAAAAGAAGUUCUUUCAAGAUACAAACAUUUGUGAUGGUUGGAUAUCGGAAGGAAUUGUUUAUGACAAAGGCGUAAAUUAUGGCCUUCUCGGUUUUUUUGAAAACCUGAAGCAACUGGAAACAUUACUCAUGAAAGAUGAUUGUGUCGCAAUCAAUGUUACGGAUAUGAAAUAUUCACACGAGUGCUUUUAUGGAUUAUUGUCUUUAAGAUACAUUGAAUUAAAUGGGCUACAUGCUGGUAACUUUGUAGAUGCAUUUGAUAAAAAUAAUUCUAUUCAAAUUCUUGUCUUGUCGGGAUACGAGUAUUGUCAUCUUCAGGACAUCAGAACAUACACCUUCAAUGUUUUCAAAAAGUUGACAAAUUUGUCAUUGCAUCAGUGUUUUCUUAGAAUAUCGAGAAGGGGGCUUUUGCACACAUGAACAAUCUCGUUCGCCUGGACAUAUCAAGCAACAAAAACCUUCAUUUAUCCGUGUUACCAAAUAUCACUUACGAUGUUCGAGAUUCGAAACUACAGACUCUCAUCGCAGAUAGCCUUCAAUGCUUUGGUGGACUAUCACUUAUCUUAACUGUAAAACAUUUUACUUGAGAAAUCUUUCACACAUACAAUUCCGUGAUUUAGCAGUAGAGAGUAUGAACUUUUAUAUGUACAUUUUCAUAUAUUAUAUUUUGAACAUCGAAAGGUUGUAGUAAUUUUCCUAUGGCACCUUUUACAAUAUUAUAUUCACAAAUCCAGUUUUUCUUGCAGAUCAAUUUAUCUGCAAACCAUUCCAUCGGCUUAAAGAACACAUCGCAUGUUUUUAAACUUUUUAAUUUUUUCAGCAAAAUUAAUUCAUUUCAUGCCUAAAACUACUUUACAUGUGCUUUAAAAGAAACAGUUUGCGUAGUUUUCGAGUGUGAUAGCGAUGAAAUUCAAAUCUUGCGAUAUACAUAUUUUCUUCGAUAUUUUACGCGGCAUUAUCUGUGACGUCAUAUGCGACCUCGAACGAGAAGAUUUGAAAACAGUUGUUAGCCAUUUCAUAAACAGAUUAGAUUUAAUUGACAAACAAACAAUUAUCACAUUAACGGCUUGUAAAUAACACUGCAUUGGGGUGUUUUGUGCCGUUUAAGGGUGUACUUGCUGUCAGUAGAGAUGAUUUGGACUGCGUUUUUUUCAAUUUUCGAAGGAAGGUAUGAGGGACAAGAUGUGAAUAUUUUUUGUCGGCACAACGACUUUGCCAUAAAAACCCCCAGUAGAAUUUAUCCCUGUACUUUUUCAAACAAGCACUUGGACAAAGACGUAUAUAAACUGCGAGAAAAUGGUUCUAUCGAAGCUUCACACUGUUACAUAUAGGCCUACCGCAUAUAUGCUUUCCGUUCUGCUUUCAAAUUCAAUACACACUCGCACCAACUGACCUUCACCUUGUAACAACAUAUAGGCAGAACUUUGCUAGCAGUGUCUACCAACUGGUAGUUUUAAAAAAGAAGUUUAAAGAUAAAAGAUAAUUGAACUUUCAAUUAUAAAUAAUAAAAUAUGAUUUUUCCCAACUUUGAAUUGAAUUAUAAUGUUUUCAUUUUUUUUUUUAAGGAACGCGUACGUGUUUACAACAACAGCACGUCGCGCUCCCACUUCCUAAGUAACAAAGUGUAGAUAACAAAAAAUAACGAUUAAUAAAAUUGCUUGAAUAAAAUAAUUUAGAAGUAUUGUGAUGUUCACAAUAAGUUUGAUAAUUUUUAUUAUUAUUUUUUUUUUUCGAAAUGCACCCGUGACAGUAGGCCUCGUUGUCAAUGAUACAUAAUCGUAUUAUAAUUUAGGCCUAUCUAACUUCUCAAAAUAAAUUUAAUAAUAAUUGCACUGUUUAUUUUAGAAAAGCAACAACGCUAAUUACAGUUGUUUACAGAAAUGGCAUUACCAAAUAGUAUUUAGAGAGUGAUCCCAUGUAAACAUUAUUUACUCGCAAAUUUAUGCAGAUUUCAUACUCGCUUUCCUCGCUACAUUUGGGUCGCUAUUUGUAUGCACUGGUGGCUAAAAGAUAUAAGAAUCGGGAAAUUUGUCAACAUCGAAAUAAAUGUUAUCCAUGGUAAAUAAAUUAGGCCCCUAAAACCCGAGUUUUUAAAAAUAUCUAACACUACUAUUACAACAAGUUGAUCGACGAAGGUCGCAUAUGACGUCACUGUACCACGUGACUACCUAUCUAAUUAACUAGGCUUUUUGAAAUCGGGGCUUAGAUUUAAGUCCGUAUUGUGGCUAAUUAUCGCAAUACUUCAGUGAACGAACUAUUACAAUUAAUUUCUAUAAGCAUAAGGAAGACAAAAUGCAUAUAAUUCUGUAUACUUUGAAAACACGAGAUGUGUCCUUUAAUACCAUUCUCAUCCACUACGUCAUUCAUGUAUUUCAGACCACUCUUUAGCCAUGAUUUUAGAAAUAUAGGUGUAUUUUUCAAUACCACAAUAUUAUUACUUCAUAAUGGUUUCCUCAAUAUAUUGUUCAAACAAUCUAAUCUGUUCCUACCUUUGCAUUCAUUACAAAAUGCGAACAUUUCCUUGUAAAACAAAAGAAAUCCAUCCAUUAACUCAUACGGUUUGAUAUUAGUGAUAUUAGAUUUACUGAAAAUAGUCAAAAUCAUAAUUGUUUUCCAAACAUAUCCUAUUCACAAAAUGGUAUAAUGGAUUUCUUUUAUUCAAUAGUUUCUUAAUCCAUGAUAUUCUUAAAGAUUUAAUGUAUUACCAACAUGUUGCAUAGGGUUUAAUAAAGUCAGAUCUUAGAUAAUUUUGUGAAACCCGGCCCCAUUUUACAUUUACUCAGGCUGAAUCUUCUAGACUCAACCUGAUCUUCGUGAGAUCUAAGUUCUUCCGCCUCUACGACAACUAGAAAUUCUCAUUCUGUCAAUUACCUGCUUUUUAAAGUCCUAGAUAAUGUUUACAAAAGUUUUAACGAUUAAAAUCAAAGCACAACAUCAUAUCAUCCAAUUUCAUUCCCGCCCUGCCAAUACUCUGCAUUGCCAAAAUCAGGUAAUAUUGUUUACUCAAACUUUACUAAAACGAUGGUAGGCCAGCAAUAUUUCAGGAUAAACAUACGCAAGCUUAUUUGGGAAAUGCUUCUAGUUAUGCUAAUAGAUUUCAAGGAAAAAUCAAAAUUAUUUAGUAUCAUGAGGUGCAUUUGUAACUCUGAUCGUCUAUACGGUUGAUAUUUAAACAUGUGUAGGGGCUGUCGAAUGACUUCUUAAUUUUUAGGUCAGGUGGCCUAUUACUAUUGUCUGCGUCCUUCCUCCUGCGUUAACAAUUCAAUUAAAUACACCUUAAAAGGGUUUAUCAAAUCAGCACGAAAUGAUUUAAUCAUGAACGAUAUGAUGUAUUUUAAAAGUACACAUGUCAAAAAGGCAAUAAUAUGCAAUUUCGGAGAGAAAAUAUCUAUCUAUCUAUCCAUCUAUCUAUCUGGGCGUUUAGUGUUCCUGGCUUUUAGUGAUUUAUCUAUCUGUCUAGUUAUCUACUUUAUUUUGCAGAGUACAUUAUCAAGAUUCCCUUGUGAAGGACCAUGUAUUUCAACGCAGGAUCAUUCUGUUUUGUCUUUACGGCAUUUUUGCAACAGUCGCUAGCAUUCCACUGCUCUUCUGAGCCAAAGUGUCGAUGUUUCUACGAUAAAAGGAUGGUGGUUGCUGAAUGCAGUGGACUUAAGCUAUUGCACGCUCCAAGAUUCAAUGAAAGUGUUCAAAGUAUCGAUCUAAGCACUAACCGUCUCUCAGAAAUACCUGCAGAUAUGCCUCCAAACAUCAUUUCCCUCAACAUUGCCGAGAACAAAAUCAUAGACCCUAAAAAAGAAGUUCUUUCAAGAUACAAACAUUUGCGAUGGUUGGAUAUCGGAAGGAAUUGUUUAUGGCAAAGGCGUAAAACAUGGCCUUCUCGGUUUUUUGAAAACCUGAAGCAACUGGAAACAUUACUCAUGAAAGAUGAUUGUGUCGCAAUCAAUGUUACGGAUAUGAAAUAUUCACACGAGUGCUUUUAUGGAUUAUCGUCUUUAAGAUACAUUGAAUUAAAUGGGCUACGUGCUGGUAACUUCGGGGAUGCAUUUGAUAAAAAUAAUUCUAUUCAAAUUCUUGUCUUGUCGGGACAGGAGUAUUGUUAUCUUCAGGACAUCAGAACAUACACCUUCAACGUUUUCAAAAAGUUGACAAAACUGACAUUGCAUAAGUGUUUUCUUACAAAUAUCGAGAAGGGGGCUUUUGCACACAUGAACAAUCUCGUUCACCUGGACAUAUCAAACAACAAAAACCUUCAUUUAUCCGUGUUACCAAAUAUCACUUACGAUCUUCGAAAUUCGAAACUACAGACUCUCAUCGCAGAUAGCCUUCAAUGCUUUGGUGGACUAUCACUUAUUUUAACUGUAAAACACAUAGAGAACCUCCAAAAUACUUCUUUGAAAAAAUUUUCGUUAGCAGGAAACAGAAUUGCCAUAAUUGAUAAAGAUAUUAUGAAAUAUUUACCAAAAUCAUUGACAAAUAUAAACAUCGGAGACAACAUGCUGCAGUUUGGAUCCUACAUUUUUCAAGGUUCAUUUCUUCCAAAUUUAGAAAGGCUUGAUGUUGAAUAUACCGGAAGUUAUAGACCGGGAUUUCAAAUAGGCUGUAACACGUGUUCUAACUCCUGUUGUACCAAGACAGCAAUUGUCAACGUUUCUAACGCUAUCAUAAAUGACCCACCGAAGCCAUAUUUUAUAAUACGACUGCCCCCGAAAUUAAAAAUUCUAAAUAUUGCCAAUCAGAGAAUUUCUCACACUGUUUUAGAACUUGGGUUCUUCCCACAAAACUCUUUAACACAUCUGUAUGCCCAAGGGAAUUUUUUCUAUUCUAUACAUCAUAUAACCGGAAUUAAGAAUUUGGAAUACGUUAAUUUAUCGAAUAACUUCUGUUCCAGUAUAACCAAUCAAUCUUUACAAAAUAUGAGCAGUUUAUUAUUUCUCAAUUUGUCUACAAAUCUUCUAGGAAAAGAAUUGAGAAGUCAAAAUGUAAAUGAUAUGCUUCAUUUUCCUCCCCAUCUGAGAGUACUUGAUCUCUCGUAUAACUGGAUAACGACCUUAGCCCUUGACUUGUUCGCUGUCAGUAGAGAUCUUGAGUCCUUAAAUUUGAGUAAUAAUGAGAUAGAAUCCGUGUCAUUUGAUUUGUCUUCUUCUUUAAAAUUGCGUGAAAUAGAUCUCUCCUUUAAUAAAAUCGUGAAGUUGGAUUCCGCAUCGAUGAAAAAUUUAGACUUUCCCAGAAAGACCCGCCUGAGUAUCAAUCUGGCAAACAAUCCUUUGGUAUGCACUUGUCAAAGCCUAGGAUUCCUGGAAUGGAUGAAAGAAUCAUUAAAUAAACACUUCCUAGACCAAGAUAAAUACACGUGUUCAUUUAGCAACAGCACAAAGACUACCUUGGGUGAUUUGGAUCAAGUGAUAUCUACAUUAAAACGCGAAUGUAAAUCCUAUACAACAUUAGUUGUCGCUGUAACUGUUAUUUUACUUGUAACAAUAGUUUGUUUUUCUCUUGCUAUUAUGUAUAGAUAUAGAUGGAAACUACGAUAUUUAUAUUACGCAGGGAAGCGAUCUUCCAAAGGAUACUCAAAGAUAUUAGAGGAAGGAAGGGAAUACCAUUUUGACGCCUUUAUUUCAUACGCCGAGAAUGAAAGACAAAUCUUCAUUCCAAACCUAUUGAAGGUGGAGAAGGAAAAUACUUUCAAAUUUUGUAUUCACAGCCGCGACUUUAUGCCUGGUGUGGACAUAAGUGAAAACAUAACCAAUGCUAUUCACUUUAGUAGACGAACUAUCGUUUUCCUGAGUGAAGCCUUUCUUGGAUCUGAAUAUUGCAUGUACGAAAUCCAGAUGGCGCGAAUGGAAAGUAUAUCUCGUGGGGGAGAAAACGUUCUUUUCAUUGUUCUUCUGGAUGAUCAUCUCAGAAACAUUCCAAACUUUCUAGAGGAUCUAUUAAGUGAACAGUCAUACCUUCCAUACGAUAAACAAAUCCCGGAAGAGUUCUGGAAUGCGUUGACUCAAGUUUUGAAAAACAAUUAAGAUUUGUUUUAAACUUUCAUCAUUCAGAAUUAUCGAAAUAGAAGAAAUCUGAAAGGACUCGUGUAUAUUGAGCUGAAGUAUACAUUAUUAUUUAUGUACCAUUUAUUAUGGUUGUAUAUCAAAUUAUUUAUCCAUGUGUUUAAUAUAUUCUUAUAGUAUGUUAAAUUGUAUAUAAUUAUAUGUUUAAUAUGAUUUGUUUGUAUGUCCCUUUCGUAAAUACUUUCACUCAAUACCAAAACAAAAUGUGUAACUUGUUACCGACUCCGGAUAUCCUACCAGCCAAACGGAGAUCGAGAGAACAAUGCAUGGGUUAAAAUAUUUGUAUUCGUUGUGGGGUUUUUUUUUUUUUACAAACAAAAGAUUACGAGUUUUAUACAUCAAUUACAAAAAAACAUUUUAUAUUGUCAAAGAAGAGUUUAUGAAGAUGUGAUUUUGAUGUCUGUAUCAAUUCCUUUAUCUCAAUGGACAUCUGUUUUCUAACAUUUGCUUUCAAAUUUAGUUACUCAAAUAUUAAUUACAAAUAGAUUUGAACUUUUUAUACUUUACGGUAUGAAGGAUUGUAUAUAAUGUAUUAAUGAACAAAUAUAUGCAAUAGGAAGUGUAUGGCGACUUGUCUCAAUAUACCUUACGAUUUCAUUGAAUUUGAUAUUAAUUCACAGUUAGCCUACUAAACGACAUAUGACUAUAUAUGCAUACAUGUCUGUAUUCAUAUUACUUUCUGUGAUGUUAAGGAAUGCAUUUACUAUUUUGAUUAUCAUAUUCGUAUAUUUGUAUAUUAUAAUCGUAUAUUUGUAUAUUAUAAUCGUAUAUUUGUAUAUUAUGAUAAUAUAUUUGUAUAUUAUAUGGUUCUUGAAGGAAUUUUUUCAACACUUGAUAUACAAGAGGUACAUGUAUAAUAUUGAUUCGCAUUGCUAUUUUCAUGUUUUUCUGCUCAAGUCGUUUUUCGUUUCGUUUGAGAAUUGUUCACGCUUACAGAGGCAUGUUAGCUGUCGAUGAAGUGCCAGUUUUAGAAAUUUCUGUAUUGUACAUCAUGUAUCACUUCCAUUGUGGUUUGAACGAAGAAAAUGAAUAAAUGAAGGAAGGAA